ACAAAGGACUAAAAUGCAAUCACCCCCGGGCUAGUGUGCGGCCGCUUGCCGCUGCUCGUAUCAACUAUCUUACAGGUCUGUUUCCUGCAGCACCGCAAACUGCUUCCACUUUCUAAUCCCUCGGCCACUCCACACAAGUCACACUCCCAGAAUUCCAUCUUGCUUUGAUGAAUCCGUCGAACAGCAGAAGCAACGGUUGCGCAGAAGAAGAUUCCAAUCACGAAAAAGAUGAAACUUUCGUUCAAAUUUAUGGCCCACAGGUUUCUCCAUCUUCUCCCCUGGCCUCUGCCGCAUAUUUUUGUGGGAGGUAGUCGAACAUAUAUCUGUUUAGGUUUUCUCAUCUCAUGCCUAUGCUUCUGAACUCAUAUUAGAAGAAGCGACGUUUUUCCUUUUGGUGCGCUAUGGGUGGAAUUCAUAUGUUUAUGGGCAUAGUGUCACAGUUAAGUGGAGGUUAAGAAGUUAACUUUCGCGGAGGGAAAGCUGUUCCCGAACUCUUUAACUCAGUUCAUUGCUAUUAUGUCUGCUGAAGCGAUCUGAGCACUAACAACAUAGGGUAGAGCAGAAGUCGUUUUCAAGCAGCCAGAAGCAAACUCAACAUUGAAUUUGCAAGAAGUGCAAGGCCUUGCCACCUGGGUGCUUGCUGAAGGUUUCAUGCCAUCAUGGGUUUUUAUCAAAAACAAGCCUUUGAUUCCAAAAGUAGUUAUGCUGUAUGUGCCUGGGCUUGAUGCAGCGCUCUACUUGUCGCGAUCUAGAAAUCUCAAAGGUUUUAAACAAUGUUGUGGCAUUCCAAGAGCUGUUCUAGCUCUCAGCUGUGUAUCAGAUGGGACACAAACUAUAGAUGCACUCCUGACCUACAAAAUGAAAAGAAAAAGGGAUGAUGCUGAACAUGUCUCAAAAAUGGUUGCUGAAACAUCUAAACAAGGGUGUACCGCUUCAAGCUCAGAGGUUUCAUCUUUUCACGACCUUACGAAAAACAUACCAUUUCCUGUGACUUAUUAUACCCUUACUGCUAAGGAAUUGGAAGAUAACUCAUACUGUUGUGAUAAGCCAGACUAUCGCUCAACACUUCCUGCUUCUUCAGGAACUCCUCCAUAUGAGAUUUUAGCACUUGAUUGUGAGAUGUGUAUUACAAAAGAAGGAUUUGAGCUCACUAGAGUCACACUGGUAGAUUUUAAAGGGCAGGUUGUAUUAGAUAAACUGGUUAAGCCACUAAAUGAGAUUACUGAUUAUAAUACAAGGUACAGUGGAAUUACUCCUGAGAUGAUGAAUGGGGUGACGACCACUCUUAAAGAUAUUCAGGAGGAUUUUCUACAACUGGUCUAUAAAGAGACUGUUCUGAUUGGGCAUUCCUUAGAGAAUGAUUUGUCAGCUCUAAAGAUAGUUCACAAUUUGGUAAUUGACACUGCUGUAUUGUACAAACACCCGAAAGGAAGAUCAUACAAAACUGCACUUCGUGUUCUGAGCAGGAAGUUUCUUGGAAGGGAGAUCCAAGAUUCUGUAAAUGGGCACGAUAGCGUUGAAGAUGCAAGAGCUGCAAUGGAACUGGCUCUGCUUAAGAUUCAAAAUGGACCUGAUUUUGGUUCACCGCGAUCAACUUUUAUGCGGAAGAAACUCCUCACAGUUUUGAGUGACUCUGGAAAAACCUCUUCCAUAAUUGAUAGUAUAUCCAUAGUGAAGAAGUACGCCUCUGAGUCAUCCCAUUCCAUUGCAGUGUCAUCUGAUGAUGAAGCUCUUUCAAAAGCCAAUAAAGAGGUGAGAAAUCGUAAGGUGCAUUUCAUUUGGACCCAGUUUUCCGAAUUGGAUUCCUACUUCAAGAAAGAAUCAGAUGAUGCAGAGAAGCUGAAUAGGAAGUUAGCACAGAUGAUAUCACUGCUAACGUGUGAGAGCAAGAAGGCUUCAAACAAAAAAGGCAUCAAAUAUGACAUCACACCUGAAUUGGAAACCAUUCUGAACCGCAUGGAUACCAGGGUUAAAAACCUCUAUGCCAAUCUACCUCAAAAUGCGAUGCUUAUUAUUUGCACUGGUCAUGGAAACACUGCAAUUGUUCAACGAGUGAGGAAGAUGUUGGGUCAAACUGAAACUGCAAUGAGCAGGGAGAAACUUGUCAAAGUGCUGGAAGACCUGCAGGCCCAAGCUGAGGUGGGGUUAUGCUUUGUGGGUGUCAAACAUUAAUACUUGCACUAAUGAUGAUGAUGAUCCAUUCGUCCCCUCCUACACACAUUGUACAGUUAGCAGUUUUGGUCAUGGUUAAUGCUCUUAUGUUCCCCAUUCAGGUUAUGUAACAGCUCCCCCCAUAUAGGACAAUUUCUUUAUAGGGGCGUUUACUAAUUAAAUUAAAAAACUAGAAAACUGUAAUACUUUGUAGUUUUUUAUGGCUUGGAAAAUAGAAAAUAUGUUUAUUUCGUCUCUUUUCAAAUUUGGAAUAGAUGACAGUUCACCAAUGUCUUUUGUUUCAGUGUUUCACCAUAUAAUUAGGAAAUUU